UACCGGAAAAAUAAGUUUCACUUUACUGGAAAUCAGAUCAUCUAUUUCUAGGAAAACAAAACAGAAAGUAACUUCACAUGACAGAAUAAAGGGAGGGACCUGUUAUUGUACUGACAUAAGUGCAGAGCUGUAUCCUCGGAAAUACUACCUAUAGCAGAACAUUGCAUGUACAGAAGACAAAAACUCCUGGAUAAAAGAUUGGAUACUAUCUUUACCAUGUAUGAAUCUCUCCUACAAAGUGAGAUGCAGUGUGAAUAAUCUGAACCAAAUGUGAGAUGGCUGAAAGUGUACCCACAGUGGAAAGCUCAGAUGAGGAGGAGUUCUAUGAUGCACCUGAAUCCUUCUCUGAGCAAAACUGUGAGAAAGGAGAGAACACUCCAGCAACAGCACAGUCUGACUAUGUCCUUCCACCUGAAGUAACAGUUCUCAAUGCUGAUCAGGAGACUGUUUGUCUUGGUUUACCACUCACUGAUCACUCUUGUUGGUAUAAACUACAAGUAGAUUACUCCUGUGACACACACAAAGGCAGUUUGAUUACAAAGGACUUCAGCACUGUGAAGGUUGAGGGACUGAAUCCUGGGACUGAAUACACUUUCAGUAUCACAAGGAUUGCAGAUAAUGGAAGUCGAAGCAAAGCAACCUCGCUAUCUGUCUUCACAGAGCCCAGCCCUCCUGCGCAGAUUGCUGUCUAUCAGGCCAACAGUGAGUCACUGUCUCUGCGUUGGGACCCUCCUGUUGGUGAAGUGAAGAGUUAUAUUGUGACCUGUUGCAGUGAGGGAGAAACUGUGCAUGAGUUGACAACAGACACAAACAACCUGACUAUCAGCGACCUGAAGCCAGGGGCGUGUUACUCCCUCCAAGUUUCUGCACAGCAUAGGAAUGGAAGAAUAAGCAAGGCGACUGUAACAUCUGCCCACACAAAGACACGCCUGGAGAGCUUACUGGAGGAUCUGGGAUUGGAGCGGCACUACACAGAGAAGCUAUCCCUGAGCACAAUACUACAGAUUGAUGAGAAGACCAUCACUGAUAAAACUGCAAAGUGUAACUCAGAUCUUCCAUGGUAUUUUCUAAAGAAACUAAUGAUGGUUAAUGUGGCAGCUAGGAAUGUGAAAUGUACAUCUGUAGGUGAUGAAAAGACAGAGGUAAAAUUUGAUAAUUUGUUUGACAGUCCACAUUCAGGGCCCAUCUAUGUCCACGUGAAGCAGUUCUGA